ACACGAUUCAACGAAGGGGAGGAGGGGAAGAUCCGGUUCGGAGCUUGUCCAAUCUUGGCGGUCGGAGUAACGAGCUCAUUCGCUUGAAAGAAGCGGAAACAGAUUAAAUAAUGGUUUCUGGUACACAGUCUUCCCUCUUCAUCGCAGGUGAGGGAUACUGAGUAGUGCGAAUACUGAAUACUACUCCGUUUGAAACCCUAACUUCCAAUGGCGAUCGCUUCUCCCUCGACUCCGAGCUUCUCACCUUCUUUCUGCUCCACUCGGACCCAAUUCACUGGCCUCUCGCGCUUUCCCUUGGUCACCUUGCCUCAGUCUCGUGCAAACCAAACUCGCUCUUUGACUCGUCGGCUUGUCGUAUCGUCUCGGCUCAAUUCGUCUAAAUUCUCCGAUGCUGAUGGCUUUGUCUCGCCGGGCAAUGGAGAUUUCCCCUAUGAACUCCAACACGAUUUUUCACCUCAGCGUCAGAGGAGGGGAUCGCCGGUAUACGUCACGCUCCCGUUAGAUGCCGUGGGCUCGGAGGGGCGAGUGCUGAGGCCGAAAGCUAUGACGUUCUCGUUCAGGGCGCUCGCAAUGGCUGGAGUAGAAGGCGUGGUCUUAGAGAUUUGGUGGGGCUUAGUUGAGAGGAAUGAGCCGAUGGUUUAUAAUUGGCGAGGCUAUUGGCAACUCGUCAAGCUGGCCGGGACGUGCGGCCUGAAGGUUCGAGUUGUCCUUGCGUUUCACCAGUGCGGCACGGGCCCUACUGAUCCUAAUUGGAUACCUCUUCCUCUAUGGGUACUUGAUGAGAUAAAAAAAGAUCCAGAGUUAGUGUAUUCAGAUAGGUUUGGGACAAUAAGUACUGAAUACAUUUCACUUGGAUGUGAUACACUUCCUGUGCUCUGUGGACGAUCUCCAAUUCAGGCAUAUGCUGAUUUUAUGAGGAACUUCAGGGACACCUUCAGGCCUUACUUUGGCAAUAUCAUAACAGGAAUACAGAUUGGUAUGGGUCCUGGUGGUGAAUUAAGAUAUCCUUUAUGCCCUUCCCAGUUAAUCCAUCCUAGGCGCAGUGAAUUUGGAGAAUUUCAGUGCUAUGAUAAGUAUAUGAUUGCAUCACUAAAUGCUUGUGCGAGAGAUAUUGGAAUGCAUGCAUGGGGACAAGGUCCUCCUCAUGGCACCGGAAGUUUGAGGCACAAUUUGUUUUCUACUAGUGAUUAUGGCCCUUGGAACUCGCCACAGGGUAAGUUUUUUCUUGAGUGGUACUCGGGGAUGCUGCUACUGCAUGGAGAAAGAAUUUGUAGGGAAGCUGAAACUAUAUUUAGGGGUACAGAAGUCAACAUAUCAGCAAAAGUGGCUGCUAUUCACUGGCACUAUCUGACUGAUUCCCAUCCAUCAGAGUUAACCGCAGGAUACUACAACACUUCUGAGAGGGACGGAUACUUACCUGUUGCUCGUAUGUUUAGUAAGUAUGGAUUUGGCAUGUGCUGCUCAUGUUUUGAAAUGCAAGAUGCAGUAGAAAAUAAGAUUAACCCAGUUGGCAGCCCUGAAGGUUUUCUCAGACAGCUGCUGUUGGCUGCCAGGCUCUGUGACAUACAACUGGAAGGUCAAAAUUUUUCAUCCAAUUUCAAUGACAUAGCAUUCGAGCAGGUGUUGAAGAUGUCAAAGUUUUACGCAGAAGGGGUUGAAAAGCGUCCCUUCUCUUUCAACUUUGUGAGAAUGGGAGGGAAAAUGUUUGAAUCCCGUUUUUGGGAUCGAUUUACUCGUUUUGUGAGGCAAAUGUCAGAUGGGAAUAGCUUUCGAGCCAGAUUAAAUUCUGUUGGUGACGUGCGUCUUAAGUCCUUUUCUGGGGUUGCGGAAGUUGGACUGUUGUACCAGCACUGUUAAAAUCAAGUUCCGUCUGCUGAUAUCAAGGUAAAUUUUGCUGUAACACAUCAUUGGAUGCAUAUAAUCCGAUGACCUCAGAUAUAGUGUCGUGAAAUGUGUAUUGUCUAGUAAAUGCAUAUUCUUCUCAUGGUUCUUCAAUUGCUUUGUCGCAAAUAGUUGCUUUUACGAAGUAUCGAUUUACAUUACCCUCCUGAUUUUGUAAAAGGGGGGAAUAUUAUUCAUCAACUUGUUCCCGCAUUGCAAAUGAGUUUAGAUAGAAUAUUGAAAAGAGUCUUUGUAAUACUUAUGCUACAUAUAAAAGCAUAACCUCCCAGCUUCUCAGCUGUUGUAUCUUUCUUUCCAACUGGCUGGACCAACUUUAGGAUUUGAGGAUCAGAAUUUCAA